AUGACUGAUUCAGGUGCAUCUGAUCAAAACGGUUUGGGACUUGUCACUGUCCUGAGAGAUGAACCCGAGACUUCAGAAGGAAUGGAACCAAUCCCUUAUGAUGUACACAUUGCCAAUUUGAUGCAAAAAAUGGCCGAUAUGCAAAGUGAGAUUGAUCGACUUCGAAACCUCACCAAUUUGUCCAUCACUUUGAACACGCCACUUCCCGAGCAUGGAACAAACACAGCUACUCCGCCUCUUUUUCCACAUGUUGACUCUCCUACUCCUCAAUACUUUCCACCAAACCCUUCCCUUCACAAGACCAAUCCAACUGCUUCUAAACAAUCCACCAACCCUCAACAACCCAACUUUCCACAAAACAAUUCGCAACAAGCCAACCCUUUACCCUUCACUACCCCAUAUGCGCCCCAAACUUCAUUUACCCAAACUCCCGUCAUCCAAACUAACCCACUUACCCAAACUACCCCACUCACCCAAACCGCCUUACCUUCCCAAAAAUACCAAACGACCCAACAUAUACCGGUGGCACACACUACAAUCCCUAAUGUUCAAUAUGUGCCUCAAGUAUAUGUAGCGAAAGCUCAACCUUUCCUUAAUCCAAUGCCAACCAUGCCAGAAGUCGAUCCAUAUGAAGAGGUGGAGAAAGAAGCAAGGUCCAGAACGGAUGACAAUGUAGUAAGGGAGAUUCGUAAUUUGAAGGAAGCUUUCAAAAGUAUCCAAGUCCAUAAGGGGGUUGAAGGUCUUGAAUAUGAGGAUUUAUGUGUUCAUCCCGAUGUUGAAUUACCCGUGGGGUAUAAGGUACCAAAAUUUGAUGUAUUUGAUGGGAAGAGAAAUCCUCAAGCUCAUUUAAGGUCGUAUUGUGACAAGUUAGUUGGAGUGGGGAAAGAUGAGGCCAUUAGAAUGAAGUUGUUUAUAAAGAGUUUGACAAGAGAGGCCCUUGAUUGGUACACGAGUCGAGACCCACAGAAAUGGAAUAGUUGGGGUGCGAUGGCGCAAGAAUUCAUGGAUAGGUUCAAGUUUAACACUGAGGCAAUUCCGGACAGGUUCUACUUGAUGAAGUUGGAAAAGAAGUCAACAGAGUCAUUCAGAGAGUAUGCAAUGCGGUGGAGAGCAGAUGCUGCAAAAGUUCAACCUCCAAUGGUAGAAAGCGAGAUGACCUCUCUUUUUAUACAAUCUCAAAAAGAUGCAACGUACUAUGAAAAGAUGAUAAGUGUUGUAGGGCAAAAGUUCUUCGAGGUUGUCAGGAUGGGAGAAUUUAUUGAAGAAGGUAUUAAAACUGGGAGAAUCACUAAUUUGGCAGCCCUGCAGGAUACAAGUAAGGCAAUUCAAUCGGAUUCAAUCGGAGGAGCCCUUAAGAAGAGAAAGGACGGUGUAUCUGCUGUCAUGACCAUCCAGGAACGUAGGCCAAACCAAAUGUUAACCUACCAAAACCCAUUACCCCAACCUUCAUACUAUAGUCAGUAUACCCAAAUUCCUCAACCAUAUUAUCAACCUUCACCUGCCCCUUACCCAGUUUACACCACCCAACCAACGUAUUGUCCACCUAGAGCACCUGCAUAUCCAAAUCCAUCACGAUACCAACCCGCAUAUCCAGCCCAAUCCCACUACCAACCACAAAACCGUCCAUCAAAUGCACCCAGACCCCGCCCAAACUUUGAAAGAAGACCAGCCAAAACCUAUACACCUUUAGCCAAACCUUUAGCCCAACUAUAUGAACGAUUGAGAACUGCAGGAGUACUCCAACCAAUCCAAGGACGAAUUCCCAAUCCCCUUCCUGGAUGGUAUGACGAGACCAAGCAUUGUGCAUAUCACUCUGGAGCUGCUGGACAUGACACUGAAAGUUGCCUCACUCUCAAAGACAAGAUUGAGGCAUUGAUCAAAGAAGGAAUCAUUCAACUCAAAGGUGUUGCCCCCAAUGUAAACAACAACCCACUGCCAAAUCAUGGCAAUGUUAACAUGAUCACCGUUGAUGAAGAUUGCAACUUGGAAGGGACCAUAGUACCAGUCAAGAUAGAGAAGAACGUUGAGACAUCGGCCUUUAUUUCUCCUGUAAUCACAGUCCAAGUACGAGCGCCAAUUGAAGUGGAAGCUUUUCUUUCUAAGCCUAAGAUCGUGGCCCUAUCAUUCCCUUUUGACACUAAUGCAGUUCCUUGGGAUUACUCGAUUGAUGCAAGGGACAAAGGAAAAGGAAAGAUAGUUGUAGAAGCUGCUGCUGCAGGAAUGACAAGAUCCGGGCGUUGUUAUGCCCCUGAAGAAGUUGUACGAGGAGGACCAAACAAGGAAAACAACCAAAAAAGGGUUGUGACAGAGGCUGAAGUGGAAGAUUUCUGGAGGAAGAUGCCAACUAAGGAAUAUUCAGUUGUUGAACAACUAAAGAAAACUCCCGCUCAAAUUUCCUUAAUGGCCUUAUUGAUGAAUUCUGCAACUCAUAGGAACGCUUUGGUGAAGGUUUUAAAUGAAGCUUAUGUUCCAGCUGAGACCACUAGUGAGAACUUUUCUGCCAUGGUAGGACAAGUUUUGGAAACUAACAAAGUCACCUUUCAUGAAGAUGAGUUGCUGCCUGAAGGUUUGGGACAUAACAAAGCGUUGAACAUUACUGUCAGGUGUAGGGAUAAGUUUAUUUUCAAAGUUCUGAUUGAUAAUGGUUCAGCUGUUAACAUAUCCCCUUUCACUACUCUUCGAGCUUUGUGA